GCGCUGCCCGGCGAGGUGUCCCCCCAGGAUGGCUACGUGCUGCUGCUCGCCCUGCUCUCCAUCUUCAUCGGGGGAACGCUGGUGCUGCUCUCAGGGAUCCUGAUCAUCUGUCGCCGCUGCUGCGAGGCCGACCGCCGCCACUCCAGAGCCAGCGAUGACCCUGAGAAAACCACCACGACGUACCUGGAUGACUCGCAGCAGGCCCAGGAUAUCACUAUCAAAGUGGAGGACCCCGAGUGCCUGUCGGCCUCCAGUUACCGCGAUGCAGAGAGCGAGCGGUUCCUGUCCUCCAGCUCCUCCAGCGCACGCCGCGUCUCCUUCAACGAGGCCGCGCUGUAUGAGCAGGGCAAGAAGACCCAGGAGAAGGGGAGGAGGUACACGCUGACAGAGGGGGAUUUCCACCACCUGAAGAACGCCCGCCUGACGCACCUCCACCUGCCACCGCCCGCCCUUAAGAUCGUCACCAUCCAUGAGUGCGAGUCCAGCGAGAACAACCUGGCCAUGACCCCCCGCCGGCCCCCUCCCAAACCCGGCCUCGCCAUCUUCCAGCCCCCUGGAGGGGCCGUGCCGCAGCCCAGCCACACCGUGUGCCCCAGCUCAGCCCUGCCCGGGGACACCUACAACUCCACAGCGGGAGGGAGCCCCGCCACCUCCUCCGACUCUGGGGAGGGCCCUUCGUUCACCGCAGCGCCCCGAAGCGGGAAGGGGCCAAUUGCAGUCAGUGCCAGCCCUGGGGAUGCCCCCCCAGCCCCUACGCAGGGUCCGGUGCUGCAGUUCUUCACCCGCCUGCGCCGGCACGCCAGCCUGGAUGGGGCCAGCCCGUACUUCAGGAUCAAGAAAUGGAAACUGGAGAGCACCCAGCGGGCAUCCAGCCUGGACACGAGAGGGUCUCCCAAGCGCCGCCAGUUCCAGCGGCAGCGUGCAGCCAGUGAGAGCAUGGACCAGGAGGAUCGCGACCCCCACCAGACCGACAUCAUCCAAUACAUCGCCCACACCGACGACGUCGCCUUCCACCCCGCGGGCGGCCCCUUCCUGCCCUCCCCCAGCAGCCCCCCUCCCUCUCUCGGCAGGUUAGAACCGGGCGAGGACAGCCCCAGCGAGGCGGCGGCCCCGGAGCAGCGCAGCGUCGGCCACGACAUCUGGAGCCUUCGGGCCUCGCUGGAGCUGUACGCCGCGUCGGAGCGCAGCAACGACCAGGACUCGGUGCGCAGCGACGGCGCGGACAGCGUCUCGUCGGGCGGCGCGGCCCCCUGCCCCUCCUCCUCCCUGGACGAGGCCGAAGGCCCCGAGGAGAAGCUCUGGGCCCGGCCCAAGGCGGAGGAUUCGGAACCCGGCACGCGCAAGCUGCUGCAGAUGGACAGCGGCUACGCCUCCAUCGAGGCGCCGGGCCGGGGGAGCGAGGAGGGGCCGCCCGCGGAUCAAACGGCGUCGGAGAAACGGAUCUGCUUCACCAGCGCCGGGCGGAAAGGCACCAUCUUCGAGAGCUUCGAGGGCCGCGAGCCCGACGAGGAAGAGGAGGAGGAGGACGAGGAGGAGGAGGAGGAGGAAGCGCGGCGCGGCGCGGUGGGCGGGGGGGUUCCGGUGCGCACCCACAGCCCCCUGGCCUGGUCACCCUACGGGCAGAUGCUGGCGGGCCGGGACGCGCCGUCGCCGAGGAGGGAUUACAGCAUCGACGAGAAGACGGACGCGCUGUUCAACGCCUUCGUGCGGCACGACCCGCAGUUCGACGAAUCCCCGCCGCGCGGAAAACAUCGCUCCCGCACGCACCUCCGCAAGCAGUGGCAGCACGCCAAGCAGUACAGCGACCCGGGGGUUCGGUACCCCGCGUUGGAACGGCACCGCACCCCUCUGCGUCGCGGGGACAGCGCCAACUCCCCGCUGGACGCCCGAUUCCACGGGCCGCUGCCCCGCAUCGUCAGCGCCGGGGACGAAGAGGCGGCCGAGGCGGAAUCCGGCGCCGCUCCGCUGCCCGAACCCGAGAUUCAGGUGAUCGUGGAGGAGCCCGGAGAGGAGCACCGGACCGGGCCCGAGCGCGGAGGCGGGGAGGAAUGCCUCGGACCGGGGCGGUGCGUGGAGCCGCGUCCCGACGCGGAGCUGCUGGACAAGAUAGCGGGAGGCAUCGAGGAGCGGCUGUACGGGCAUCUGCGGAGGGAGGCGGAGGGGCUGCGGGCGGACACGGAGAGCGCGGUGGCCGUAACUGCCGGCGAUGCCCCCCCCGAGCGCAGCCCCGCGUAG